AUGCCCGGGGCGACCGCUCUCGGGGCCCUCGGGCCGCUGCUGCUGCUGCUGCUCGGGGGGCGCGCGGUCGCGGCCCCGGACGCCUCGGCGCUGGAGGGCGCAGAGGGCGCGGAGCCGCAGCUGGAACCGUACCACGACCCGUGCAAAGCCGCUGUCUUUUGGGGAGACAUUGCCCUGGAUGAAGAAGACCUGAAGUUAUUUCAUAUUGACAAGACCCAAGACUGGAUCAAACAGUCAGUGGAGAAAACAGGACAUGGAACAGGUGGACGUGAAGACCAGUCAUUCGAGAGCUGGCCAAAUGCUACAGUUGCGAAUGCCAGCAGCGAGGAAGCUGGAAAGGACGGCGAGGAGAAUGCCAUGUUUCUGCAGAGUCCUGGGACCUCGAGUGCCAGAGCUGAGACCUUCUCUUCCCGGGUCCGAAGAGCCACAACCUCCAGGACAGAGAGAAUAUGGCCCGGAGGGGUCAUCCCCUACGUCAUUGGAGGGAACUUCACAGGAAGCCAGAGGGCCAUUUUUAAGCAGGCUAUGCGACACUGGGAGAAGCACACCUGUGUGACCUUCAUAGAGAGGACGGACGAAGAAAGCUUUAUUGUCUUCAGUUACAGAACUUGUGGCUGCUGCUCCUAUGUUGGGCGCCGAGGAGGAGGCCCACAAGCCAUAUCCAUUGGGAAAAACUGUGACAAGUUUGGCAUCGUGGCUCACGAGCUGGGCCAUGUGGUUGGGUUCUGGCAUGAACACACCCGGCCAGACAGAGACCAGCACGUCACCAUCAUCAGAGAAAACAUCCAGCCAGGUCAGGAGUAUAAUUUCUUAAAAAUGGAAGCCGGGGAAGUGAGCUCUCUCGGAGAGACGUACGACUUUGACAGCAUCAUGCACUACGCCCGGAACACCUUCUCAAGAGGGGUUUUCUUAGACACCAUCCUCCCCCGCCACGACGACAGCGGCGUCCGGCCAACCAUUGGCCAGCGCGUGCGGCUCAGCCAGGGAGACAUCGCUCAGGCCAGGAAGCUGUACAAGUGCCCAGCCUGUGGGGAGACUCUGCAGGACACCACGGGGAACUUCUCUGCACCUGGCUUUCCAAACGGCUACCCUUCUUAUUCCCACUGCGUCUGGAGGAUAUCGGUCACUCCAGGGGAAAAGAUCAUCUUAAACUUCACGGCCAUGGAUUUGUUUAAAAGCCGCCUGUGCUGGUACGAUUACGUGGAGGUCCGGGAUGGUUAUUGGAGGAAGGCCCCCCUGUUGGGCAGGUUUUGCGGCGAUAAAGCCCCAGAGCCCCUCGUCUCCACAGACAGCCGGCUCUGGGUGGAGUUCCGGAGCAGCAGCAACAUCCUGGGCAAGGGUUUCUUCGCGGUGUAUGAAGCUACGUGUGGGGGAGACAUUAACAAAGACGCCGGUCAGAUUCAGUCUCCUAACUACCCGGAUGACUACAGACCGUCCAAGGAAUGUGUCUGGAGGAUUACGGUGUCAGAGGGAUUUCACGUGGGGCUUACCUUCCAGGUGUUUGAGAUCGAAAGGCACGACAGCUGUGCAUACGACUACCUGGAGAUUCGCGAUGGCCCCACGGAGGAGAGCACCCUGAUUGGCCACUUCUGUGGCUACGAGAAGCCGGAGGACGUGAAAUCAAGCUCCAACCAGAUGUGGAUGAAGUUUGUGUCCGAUGGCUCUAUCAAUAAAGCGGGCUUUGCAGCCAAUUUUUUCAAGGAGGUGGAUGAGUGCUCCUGGCCAGACCGCGGCGGGUGUGAGCAGCGCUGUGUCAACACGCUGGGCAGCUACAGGUGUGCGUGCGACCCUGGCUACGAGCUGGCGGCCGACAAGAAGGCAUGUGAAGUGGCCUGUGGUGGCUUCAUCACCAAGCUGAAUGGCACCAUCACCAGCCCUGGGUGGCCCAAGGACUACCCGACCAACAAAAACUGUGUCUGGCAGGUGGUGGCCCCCGCUCAGUACCAGAUCUCCCUCCAGUUUGAGGUGUUUGAACUGGAAGGCAAUGACGUCUGUAAGUACGACUUUGUGGAGGUGCGCAGCGGCCUGUCCCCUGACGCCAGGCUGCAUGGCAGGUUCUGCGGCUCCGAGACGCCCGAGGUCAUCACCUCGCAGAGCAACAACAUGCGCGUGGAGUUCAAGUCAGACAACACGGUCUCCAAACGCGGCUUCCGGGCCCACUUCUUCUCAGACAAGGACGAGUGCGCCAAGGACAACGGCUGGUGCCAACACGAGUGUGUCAACACGUUCGGGAGCUACCUGUGCCGGUGCAGGAACGGCUACCGCCUGCACGAGAACGGACACGACUGUAAAGAGGCUGGCUGUGCGCACAGGAUCAGCAGUGCAGAGGGCACCCUGGCGAGCCCCAACUGGCCUGACAAGUACCCCAGCCGGCGGGAGUGCUCCUGGAACAUCUCCUGCACCGCGGGCCACAGGGUGAAGCUCACGUUCAGUGAGUUUGAGAUCGAGCAGCACCAGGAGUGUGCCUACGACCACCUGGAGGCGUAUGACGGCCCUGACGCCCUGGCGCCCAUCCUGGGCCGGUUCUGCGGCAGCAAGACGCCGGAGCCCGUGCUGGCCUCGGGCAGCAGCCUGUUCCUGCGGUUCUACUCGGACGCCUCGGUGCAGAGGAGGGGCUUCCAGGCGGAGCACAGCACCGAGUGCGGGGGCAGGCUGAAGGCCGAGGUGCAGACCAAAGAGCUCUAUUCCCACGCCCAGUUCGGGGACAACAACUACCCGAGUCAGGCCCGCUGCGACUGGGUGAUCGUGGCGGAGGACGGUUAUGGCGUGGAGCUGGUGUUCCGGACCUUCGAGGUGGAGGAGGAGGCGGACUGUGGCUACGACUACAUGGAGGCCUACGACGGCUACGACAGCACGGCGCCCAGGCUCGGCCGCUUCUGUGGCUCUGGGCCAUUGGAAGAAAUCUAUUCUGCAGGGGAUUCUCUGAUGAUUCGCUUCCACACGGAUGACACUAUCAACAAGAAAGGCUUCCAGGCCCGGUACACCAGCACCAAGUUCCAGGACGCUCUGCACAUGAAGAAAUAA